CCUCGUCGCUCGUUGCCAUGGCUUCAUCAUCGUGGUCUGCCUCAACAACGACUUGCAGUAGGCCGAACUCCACCAGCUACCGCGCGCCCCGCUUGCGAAUAGCAUUAUCAUUUCUCCUACUCUUAGCAUGUCUUACUUCUACAGUCCUAGCGGGUACUGAGACAUCAUCAUCUUCACUCCGACAUCGACGACACCAUGCACUUACGAUCAACAGAUAUGAGCUACACCGACGCAAGGAUGAAGAUGAAGUCAAGGAAAUCGUCAACAAGGAAACCCCUUCCAAAACUGAGGGCAAAUCCAAGGCAACAACUGUCACCAUUCAACGUGCUGCAAAGACUGCUGCUGCGACAAACACACCUUUACCUGAAGCUUUUGAUGGAAAUUUGUCAGCCGAGCUUUCGACCACAUCAGAUAGUAACUGCCCCGCGUUUCUGAAUGGAAUCCUUUCCGACCCUUCUUACGAAACUUGCUACCCCCUCUCUAUGAUGCUCCAGACGUCCCGUGGCUUCUUUGAAGCUCAGAAGCAGCUCUUGAGCAUAGUCCGAGUACUCGAUGCAACAUGUGCUGCAAACGUCACGUACUGCACUGACUUCUUCGAUGCUGCAGCGCGCAACCUCACUGCAUCAGAGAACUGCAAGCAAGAAUGGGAAUCGGGCAACACUAUCGUCAAGCAGUUCCUUUAUGGCAUGAAGGCCUACGAGAUGAUGUACAAGGCUACCUGUCUUCAAACACCCGAGGAUGAUAUGUAUUGUUACGCCAAUGCUGUCACAAAUACCACGACCGCCGCCAACGCCUACUUCUACUACCUACCGUAUAACCUUACAUUGCCUGGUAGCACCAACCCCUCAUGCAGCUGGUGCAUACAAGAAACUAUGAACAUCUUCCACGCAGCCGCUGAAGACCGUUCUCAACCUGUGGCACUCACCUACGAAAGCGCAGCUCGACAAGUGAACACUCUCUGUGGCCCAGAUUUUGUCAAUAGCACUUUGCCUCCAGAAGAGACCAACCUGGCGCAUAUAUUUGCCCCGUCAUGGGUUGGCUUAGUACUUACCAUCGGCAGUGCAGCACUAGUCAAUGCUGUGUUAUAGAAUAUCGACCCUGAACAGCACCACCUCAGCUAUACUUCCUUCACUUCUCAAUUUUCGACUAUUACUAUUUUAAUAUGUUAUGACUACAGAUCCAUAUGCGGGGUUUGUAUUUUCUCUUCUGAUACGAUGCACUUCGCAUAUCUUCAUGACUUGAUACCCUUACCAACUUCUGUCCUUUUGUUUGUUGAACCGAUUCAACCUUCCAGCCUGCAGGCAUGGAAGCAGACCGGCAUGCAACACAACAUGCUAUAAUAUCAUAUU